AUGAUGAGGAAGUUCACAGGUGGGAGGAAUUUGCAUAGGCCAGCGAUAACAAGAAUUGCAACCUCUUUCAUCACGCUUGCACAAUUCCACCGUCUAAAGGAUAAUUUGAGGAAGAUGGUUCAUUCCGAUGAAUGGAAUGCUUCAAAGUGGACAAAAGAAGCUGGAGGAAUGAAAAUAAAAUCAUUUUUUUUCCAAGAAAGCUUUUGGAAGAAUGUUUUACAUGCUCUGAAGUUGGGAGGUCCUCUUAUACAAGUUCUUAGAAUGGUUGAUGGGGAGAGAAAACCUCCUAUGGGAUACAUAUAUGGUGCCAUGGAUCAAGCUAAGGAGACAAUUAUGAAGUCUUUCACUUAUAAAGAAGAAAACUACAAAAUGGCGUUUGAGAUCAUUGACAGAAGAUGGGACAUUCAACUUCAUCGGCCUUUGCAUGCAGCUGGCUACUAUCUAAAUCCAGAAUUUCAUUAUGGACAACCGGAUGAUAUAGGUUAUGAGGAAGUCUUGGGAGGUUUUCUUGGUUGCCUUGGAAGGUUGGUUCCAAAAAUUGAGACUCAAGAUAAGAUAAUAACCGAGUUGGAUGCAUUUAAAAAAGCUACGGGUCUCUUUGGUAUUCCAAUGGCAAUAAGGCUGAGAACUAAAAUGUCACCAGCUGAAUGGUGGUCUGCUUAUGGAUCUUCAACUCCAAACCUCCAAAACUUUGCCAUAAAAGUUCUUAGCCUCACUUGUAGUGCUACCGGUUGUGAGAGGAAUUGGGGUGUUUUUCAACUACUUCAUACAAAAAGAAGGAAUAGAUUGACUCAAUGUCGAUUGAACGACAUGAUAUUUGUGAAAUACAAUCGCGCUCUGCAACGUCGAUACAAGAGAAAUGACACCUUCGAUCCUAUUUUGUUGAAUGAAAUUGAUCAAUGCAAUGAGUGGCUGACUGGGAGAAUGGAGGAGAACUCAUCUGAUACUGAAAAUGAUGAUCUUGUGUUUGAAAAUGAUGACUUGACAUGGGCUGAAGUUGGCGAGGCCGCAGGAGCUAAUGAUCCUUAUUAUGCAACUAGAUCAACAGCUGCUUCAAGUAGAUUUGAGAAAGGAAAAGGUAUUGCUAGUGAUUCUGGUGGACAUGGUAAUUCAAGAGCAUCUCGCAAGACACCUAAUAGUUCUCGUCCUAUGACUUUGGUUGAUGAGGAUGAAGAGAUGGAAGAUGAUUUUCUUGGAGCAGAGUAUGAGGACACUCUUUUGGACAAGGAUGAUUAUGAGUUCGAUGAUUCUGCUGGAUAUAACCAAAUUCCAAGUAUUCCUGCUCCUCUUGGCUUCGGGCCACCUCCAAGCUCUACCAUGAGUCCCUAUGGCACUACAAUGGAUGCAAUGUAUAUGCAUUUGCCUAAUGCAGCCAUGAUGUAUGCUCAUCCCUAUGAGCAGUUGAGAAAUGGCCCUCUUCAGGCACAGUUCGUUCAACAACCCUUGAGCUUCGACUACUGCAGAAACGCUAGGUGCUCGUCUCUUUGUCAAUCUUCCUCUCUCUAUACCUUUUUUUUUUGUAGAACCUAGGAACUGUUGUAAUGGAAUUUUGGGGCUUUAAUGUCAAAAUUCAGGAUGAAGAUACCUUUUGUUCCUUUUAC